ACAAAGUGUAGUUUGUAUGCGACGCACAGAGAUAAGCUGCUUCUAUACGUCACUGUUUGUUCAGUUCAAGAUGGCGGUUUCUCAUGUCCUUGCGGUCUUUGUGUUGCUGGGAACCUUGGUCUGCAGCAUUCCACAUUCUCGAAGAGGGAGUUGUCUUCUCCUUUGUGGGGAUUCUGUCAACAGAGGCUGCCCCACUGGUUAUGCCUGCAAGUCGAAUGGGUGCGGGGCUGAGUGCUUCAGAACAACAUACACACAACCUGCAGGGUGUCCAGUAUUUGACUGCCAACUUCGCUGUCCACUGGGUUACGUCAGAGACUCUAAGGGCUGUGAAUCCUGCAAAUGUGACUAUUCCGCUUUAGCAAUAGCACCUGGAAAGUGAACCGCUUUCAAAGCAGGAACUCUCAUAUUAUCCACGUUAAUCCUGUACUAUUGGACCCAUAAAUAGUUUUGCAUUA